CCAUGUGUCCCAGGGGCUCUGCCCGUGAGGCUCGACCGAACCCCGCCGCCUGCCCCGCCGGGGCUGCGCCUCGCCAGGGCCACCGUCUGUGCGCGGCCCCCCCGCCCGGUACCGCGGCGGCCACGGGGGCCCGGGGGCCCGGAGCCCGGGGACGAUGGAUGCGGGCACGGGAGACGGGGGGCGGGACCGAGGGGCGGCAUCUCCCCGAGGGCACUGCUGCGGGGCGGAAAGGCGAGGGGCGGCGGGGAUGAGCCCCGGGGGGCGGCCCGGGGGAGGGGGAUCCCGGGGGGCCUCCGCCCCCAAGGACGGACCGGUCCGGGGGUGGCAUUCGCCGGAGCGAGCUGGAGCGACGGGUCCCUUGGAGACACCUCUCUCCAUGGCAACCUAAUCGCUUCCUGUGAAGAUCCCGAAAUAACCGACGAGACGGGGGAGCGGAGCCGAGCGGAGCGGAGCCGAGCGGAGCCGAGCCGUGCGGGCAGCGGCGGGGAGGCGGCGGGGGGCAGCCAAGGCUCAGCCUCAGCAAACCUUCCUCCUCCUCCUCCUCCUCUUCCUCCUCCUCCUCCUCCUCUCCUUCCUUCGUCCUGGCCAUGAGAAGCACGGGCAGCAGCAGCUGUGCUCCCCCAGCCCUGUGCUCCGCCGCCCCGGCUGCGCCCCGCUCGUCUCCCCGCAAGUGAAGAAGAUGAGACAAGAUCCUGACUGAGCAAAGACACUGUUGCAUCUGAGAUGGAGCCCAGUGCCUGCAGGAUGCCUCCACUCCUCUCCCGCAUCCACUCCCUGCAGCUGUGGCAUCUCCUCCUCGUCGUCUUGGCCGUCCCUCCUCCCGGCACAUGGUCUCUUCGCUCUCGGGGCCCAGCAGCCCCUCGGCCUCUUUGCACCCGCCGGAGCCCCUCGGCCCCGCGGUCCAUUUGCAUCUGGGAAAGGACCUCACAGCCGGAGCGGGAUUCCCGCUCGGAUUCCCGCUCGGAUUCCCGCUCGGAUUCCCGCUCGGCCGUGCCUCGCCAGCGCGCCCCGCCCGCGCGGGGAGCAGAGCUGCGGCACGUGGUGCGGCUGAGGCGCCAGGCCGCGGGGGCCCGGCCCGCCACGCCCUCGGGGUUCGAGGAUGGCAUGCCCUCCUCCCAGUACCCCUGGGCCAUCGUGUGGGGUCCCACGGUGUCGGAUGAGGAUGGAGGGGACACAAACUCAGCCAACCCGGGCUUCCCGCCGCUGGGAUACACCUUUGUCUCGCCGCACGGGAUGGCGACGGCGCAGCCCAACUCCCACUCGCUCCUGCACAACGCGGGGCUCAACCUGCGCGAGACCCCAGCCACCCUGCGGCCCUUCUUGUUCGGGCCCCGGGGGGAAGGUGUGGACCCCCAGCUGUACGUCACCAUCACCAUCUCCAUAAUCAUUGUCCUGGUUGCCACUGGAAUCAUAUUCAAGUUCUGCUGGGACCGAAAUCAGAAACGCCGGCGUCACUCGGGGCAGCAGAGCAGUGGGAGGCAGCAAGAGAGCCAGCAGCCCCUCACAGACCUUUCCCCCACCACCGUCAGCAUCCUGGGGCCCUACGGCGACCCCCUGACCCCCACACCUGAGGCGGAGGAGUCCAGGCAGGGCCAGGAGAGUGCAGAGAAACUGGGUGGCCCUGGGAAGAAUGCAGCAUUCCAGCUCAACCGAAUCCCACUGGUGAACCUGUGAUGCUCCCGGGAGAGGCUCAGCUGGCUCCCCCACCCUCCUGUCACCGCUGGCGAGCGCGGACUCUCCCCGCCUCUGCUACCCCAGGAAAAAAAAAACAACCUCCUUGUGCCACGGCCCACCACCACCACCACCUUUAUUAACUAACCCCACCGGGAUGUGCCUGGGCAAAUGGACGAGCUGGGCCUCCUUAGCCCCCUGCUGGGGAAAGGCUGGGGACCUGCCCUGCCCACACAGGACAGGGUGAUGAGAGCAGAAUGGUGGGAGGGAAGACAGCUGGUGGUGGUGUGAAAUCUUGACCUCCCCAGCCCCUCUUCUAGCAUAUGUGCACAGGCACACUUGGAUCUCCAUGACUCUCUCACCAGUGCAUGCCUGACAUCGGGGGUAGGCAAGGUGGAAAGGCGUACCCCUGUCCCCGUGGGCCCUCACCCUCCGUGUGUCCCUUCCCAUGUCGUGUGCUUUGCAGUGAAUGUCUGGAGUUCAGUGGCUGCAGGAUUGCCCACCAGGUGACUCAGAUGGUGGCAACUUCGUCUGUUCCUGAGACCUUGGCCCUCCUGAGAGUCCCAAGGGUGGGUGAAGCUUGGGCAGAAGAGGCUCACAGAGCAACUGGGCCCUCUCAACAACCCAUUUCCUUGAAGGAAACAUUAUCUUCCCCUUAGAUGGAAGAUAUUCAUAUCUUUCCAGUUUCUUUCUGCCUAACACUCCUUCGGGUUUUUUUCUCUUCAGCUUGUAUCUUUCUUCCUCCCUCCGUCCACAGUUAUUUCCCCUCAGUUCCCACCCCCAUGCCACUUCUCUUGCCAGUUAAAGUUGGAAAUUAUUCCUUUAGCUUUCCAAAUGUUUUGAUCUUUGAAAGCCUCCUUGCGGUCCCUCUCCACCCCUUCAGCCUCCUUCAGCAGGGUUUUUCUGAAUAACACCAGUCUGUGAGGAUGCUUUCCAGAAAAUCUGAGGUGAAGCCCUCUGCUCACCGUGUUUCUUAGCAAGUGUCCUGCACACAGCUAAAGCAUGGAAUGCAGACAUUGCUGGGCAUGAGGAACUGGAAUUUUGCUAGGAUCAGGAAGAGAUUUGCUUUCAGAUACUCCUGGCACAGGCAACAAGGCAGCAGACAGGAUUCUGCACCUGGGAUGACCGAGAGCAGAUUGGAGUUGACCUUGGGAACAUUGGAAGGGUUGCCAUGUACUGCUGGUAGGUCUCUCCUGGAGUGCAAGGUGACUGGAAACCCACAAGGCAGUGCUCACCAAGGACAUGAGAGAGGGCUAUCUGGGCUCCCAGAUGAAGCUUCAUUCAGUUCCCCAGCUGGUUAGAAACUGAAAGCAAUGGCACAAGUAAUCUGUCCAGAUUGGUUGCCUGCACAUAUCCUUCAGGGCUGUGAUAGUCUGUGGGGCUGGCAGCCACACUGUCACACUUACCUGUGUGAGCAAGAUCCAUGCAUCUCCACCUCCUCCUAGGCAUGGACCCAUGGGUGUCACUGUGCAGACGUGUGAGAUGGCAAAUUUCACCUUAAUGACAAUAGUUCCUCUUAGCUUUUAUGGACAACUUCAAAUUAAUUAAAACCCCACACCGACAACCACUGAGGUGGAAAGAUGCACAUUUAGAUAAGGUUGCCCCUACAGUGCACAAACACCUUUAGCUGCUGGACUGAUGUGGCCAGAGGCAGGAAAAUCACCCACAAUUUGAAGGCCCUAAUGCACCGUACAAGGUCUCUAACAAAAGUAAUCUUUGAGAGAGGGAAGCAGCCUUUCAUCCUUUAUCUCUGCAUAAAAAGCCUGUUCUUUAUAGGACAAAGCACAGGGAAUUUCAUAAGAGGCCUGGUUCUGCCCGUUUACCCAGCUGAACCAUUAGGUGUUCUCAGGUCCCAUCUGACUCACUGUGAAGGGCAUUUAAAUCAGAGUGUAAAUUACAAUAAGCUUCCCAAAAACAGUAGAGAUUUGGAGAAAAUGACAGGUCAAAUAAAAUUACUGGCUUAUUAAAAGCACAGAGUGGCUGAAAGAUGUAGGUGGAAAAGGACUCUGGAGAUCUCUAGUCUAAGCACAGGUUGAUUCUGUGCUUACAGCAGGGGAUAUUAGUGCUUUACCGUAGAUCGAUCUGUUACUGAGCCUGUUCUUACUCAGGAUCCACGCAAGGCUUUGGUGGACAUUUAAGCUGCAGAUGGACAUGGAAGGACCAGGUGGCAAUUCCUGCUCGCUGCCCCAUUCAUUGCUGCCCCUGUUCCCCCUCUCCCUGGCACGUCCCUGCUGGGGAAGGACAUCUGCAGGAGGCUGCACUGCUGAUUGCUGGCAAUUUGCAAUACCUUGAACUGGUUGAAGUAAUUUUCCAGGCCAGAUUAAUUAGAUUGUUCUUUGAUCAACAGCAUCUGUUGAAACAAGGCCAGAGUUUAGACUUCCACUUCAAUGGCUGUCCUUGGACUUUCCACAUGCUGCAUGGAGAGAAGAAGAUUUGUAAGAAAGUGGCAGGGGACCACAGGAGGCAUAGUGAAAACAUCUUCCAACACUUGAUGUGGGGUAGCCCUGUGCUCUCCUGGGAAGGCUUUUGUAAAUUCUGCAAACAAAUCAGAUUUUGAUGGUUUGGGGUUUUUUCCUCCCCCUUUUACACAUCUCUGGUUUUGGUAAAAGUAUCCCCAGGGAGAGAAACCUUUCAUGGAUACUGUGGUAAGGGGAAAGCUGGUGAAGCUGUGUAGAGAAAACUCUUAUAACAACAGAGGCUUGGGUACAAUGAACAUCUUUUCUAAGAACAAUUUUCCUAGCCAAAUACAUUUUUAUGACAGUCAUUCAAUUUCUCACACAAAACAGGUUAGAUACAGGGAAACCACUUCAUUGUCCUGCCCAAACAUUCAUUGCUAUGCUUUGUCCCUGGAACAAAACACUCAGAACACAUGUGGACACACAAGCUUCUUCCUGUUAAUAAAUAAUCUCACUGGAUAUGUUUUCCCCAUGACUGGAGCCUUAUAAACCAUCUUCCCCUACACAGACUGGAGCCAGAGCAUGCCUGAGGUCUUUACCCUGGCCCAGGGUAAUAUUUUGUAGGAUGUGCACGUGGAUGGGUUGACAGCACCAAGCCAGGGCAGAGGACAGCACCUUCUUAGUCACAGCCCAUCAGGUUUCCCUGUCUUCUAGAUGAAUGGAGGAGAAAGAUUUUUUUUUUCCCUUUCCAUUAGAAACAGAAAGUUCUUUCUUUCCAUUAGAGAGAAGAGUGUGCAGGGAAACCAGCUGGGAGUGUUCAUAAUCUUGGGCUAAUUCUGCCCAACAUUUCUGUGCUAUUAAAAGGGGACAUCCAGGUGGGCCGAGUGAGAUGAAGUGACUGUCUCUGCUGAGCUACUUGAGAGCCCUGGCUUUUUGUACACAAGGGUGGUCUCUCUGUGAGCACAGUGGAAGGGAGGGAAGUUCCUGCUUUGAAGCAGAAACUGGAGUCUCCUUCUCUUUACCCAAGAGAGUGGUAUGAUCACAAGGCCAAAUCCUGCUUGGGCUUUCCCAUCUGGUUGGUUGCAAUUGUAACGCAGGGAGCAGACCUCUGGUGUGUGUUUCCACACCUCUCCUCCAGUCCAGUUUCCAGGGGCUAACAUCCAGCCAAGCAUCCCAAAAUUCAGAGAGGGCUAUCUACCUCUUCCUCAAUGGCACCCAAGUGCCCUUGCAAAUCUGGUCCCUUCAUUUCCCACUCCACUUCCCGAUGAAGAAAAUGCUUGGAAAGGAGUGGUUUGUUCAUUCCCUGCAAGUUCUCAAACAGGACCACCUUGAGACUGUUCUGAAUUAAACUGCUUUGUUUUUCACUCCGACAAACCACAUCUGUGGCACAGCCUUAGAGCUGAGACCUGCAGCACAAAAGUCCUGGGUCAAACUCCAGCUCCCCAGCUGCAUCCCCGCUGAUGUCCCACUGUAGUCCUGGCCCUACUCUGGCAGGACCAUAGAGAGAGGUCCCCUUCCUUCACCAGCUGCUGGCUCUCUACUCCUCUUUUCCUGUUGUUUUCCCUCUCCCACUGUUUUCCCUCUUCCCACUCUUGUCCUGUACCAUGGUUUCCCUCCUGGUUCUCUCUCCCCUCCUACUGUUUCGCUUUCCCUACUCCUCUCUUGUUCUCCUUUGCCACUUGGUCUCGUUCUGCCACGGCUUCCAUGCUCCCCUCCAGCCUCCCUCCUGCUCCUCUGCUCAGUCUCUCUCUUCUCCCUCCCCUGCCCUUGUGUGCUGUGAUAUAUAUUUUUGUAGGAUUUCUCUUCUCCUUGUGGUGAAAUAUUCAAAUCUUGUGGGAUGUUAGUUUCAACAUUUUUAAAUAAAAAUUUGCAAAAUAUUGAAA